AUGAGACUGAAUUUAAAUAGGAAUAUUUAUUAAAAAUUGAAGGAAAACAGCUAGAAGAGCGAUAAUUAGAUAACCCGUUAAGAUGAAAUCAAGUUUUGCUAAAUCAUUCAAGGAAGUCUUGUAGGACAAUAGCUUUUAAGUUCAAAUUACGAUAUAAUGCCUUUUUAAUUAGGGCUUAUACUGUGGAAGAACCUUCCUAAUGAAUUUUCUUCCGUAUUAGAUAACCUUUAAAAUCUAAUAGGAUAGGGUAAUCACCUAUUUGACACGAUAAUUAAACAAAAGUCACACCAUAACGAAUUAGAAAAUAAUGUGAAAUAAUUUUUAGGCGCAUUAACUAAGUAUUUAAAUGAUUUUGAUUUCGAGUCUUAAUCAUACCCUCUACUUAAUGUCAAACUGAAAGCUAUUGUUAAAAACCUAGAGAUUAAUAUUCUCUCAUUUCUUAAUAGUUUUAUAAUGAAACUAAAAACAAAUGAAAAAGUCAAUUACAAUUAAUUCAGUACAUUAUGGAUAAAUCAGCUUAUCCUGCAUGAUAACAAAAAUAAACUCAUCGACUUAAUGGAUAUAAAGCUUUUAAAAGAUAAACUUGUAGAAAUUUUGAAUCUUAUAAUUGAGGAGAAUCAAAAACUUAAAAAUUCAAUGAGCAAAAGGGAAUAGUAUAUGAAUUUAUUCAAAGAAAAUCUUAAUGAACUGUAUUUAGUGAUAGGUUUAGCUAACAAAUUUUCUUAGUUCUUAAGUUUUAGUCUUUCUACUCCUGAUAAUCUUGUUAAUAUUUAUGAAUUUUGCUUCUAAUUUAUUACUGUUUGUUAAAAGUUUCAAGAGAUUGAAAAGUUGCCAUAUGCAAUUAUAUUCUAUUUGAAAUUAGUUAGAUAAAGAAGGCAAAAAGCUUUUGAUCAAGUGGUUAAAGAGCAAUCAAGAAAGGUUUUCGAAUCAACAUUCAAGCUAUUUGAAAAUCACAUUUAAAAAUUUAAUCCCUUCUAAAUUUAUAAUUUUUGUGAGAAUUUCUCAAAAAUUCAAUAUUUAGGCUUUGAAAAUUUAGAAAGCAUAGAUUUUUACGAUAUCUCAAGAAAAACCCACAAAGCUAUAACUGCUUUAUCAUAUAGCUAUAAGCCCUCUGCAGAAUAAUUGGGUGCUCAAUAUAUAACGAAUUUGUUUUUCUAUAGAAAGUUGAGAUAUAUUGCUAAAUCAAUUGAAUAAGUCGUAGUAAGAAGCUAUAAUUAUGAAGAAAUCAGCAGUUUAUAAUUUAAUUCAAAGGCAACAUUGAUAGAUAAAAGAAAAUAAAGAAUGAUGAACAUGCUCAUUCAGUUCUAAGAAAUAAGAAAUUUAAAUUAAUCCAAGUCUUCUCUUUCAGAAGAUCACAAAUAUGAGCUAAUUUCUUUAGAGAAUAUUGUUAUUUCUUUUUUCAAAACUUUUACAAACAAUACUGAACAAUAAAUUUAAAAUGGAGGUAGUUUUGAAGCUGAAACUUCAAUAAACAACAGAUUCACAAGCACGAUAAUAUCUGAUUUAAUUCUACCAAAGUUUGAUUUAAGUGGUUUCUUAUCUUAAAAGUACAUGAAAAACCAACACACUAUCACCAAAAAACUAUUUUAAUUUCAUUUAAAGUUAAUUUAAUAUAUUGGAGACUAGGAUUAGCGAAAAAGAGCUUUAAAUGACCUAAGUAGAGGCCUUCUUUUAGUUUUCUAAGAACAUGAGUACAAUGAUAUUAUUAUUAAAAAGAUAGUAAACAAACUAUCACUAAACCUCAUACAUUGCACUUAUGAAGAAAAAAUUACAUUUUUCCUUGAUUUGAUUUAGAAAUUUAAUCAAAACUUUUUCUAAAUCGAGAAGGAUUAUUCUGAAGAUUCUCAAAAUAAAAAGCAGUAAAAAAGAAAUCACAUUAAAUAAACAUUACAAAUUCUUCCUCUUAUCAGAGAAUGUUUAAAAAUCUUCCUUGACAGAAAGCAAUUUACUCAAGUUACGAGUAAUAGCAACUAGCUACAAACUGCUUCUGCAGCUAUGACAGAAUUUUGGAUAUUUAUUGUACUAAACAAAUCUAUUAUAUACGAAAAAGACUACCUUAAAGAAAGUGAUUUUGAAAACAUUAAUAUGAUAGCCUUACUAUCACCAAACUUUUUAGAAGGUGAACAACUUUCUUUUGUUGCCAGUAAAAUCAUAUAGCUCAUAAAUUAAUCUAAAAUUUAUGUAAAAGAUAUUAAACAAAGGUACAAAGAAUCUUUUAAAUCAGGAUCUAAACAGUAAAUAAAUGAAAUGUUGCAUUGCUUAAUUUAGGAAGAAAUUAUGGCUAACAAAAUUAAAUUGUUAAAAACUCAUAUGUAUUAGAUAUCUCAAUUCUACAAGCCUUCUAUUUAUGAGAGUCUUUUCUUUUAUUUAAGAGAAGUUGGAUUGAAUGCUAAAACAUUUCAUGUUAUGGAACCUCUUGUAAAAUAAAUCAGUGAAGAUUAUAUGAUUCUCUUUAGAAAAAUUAAAUUGACAAGCGUCAAUGUAAAAGAGGAAAUUCUUGCUAAGGAUUUUUCUUAUCUCUUAGAAGCAAGCUGUAGCGCUGAUAACAAUAUAAGCGAAUUUUCUUUACAAAUGAUUUAAGAGUACAUUAAGUGGUUCCCUUAACUUGUAUUUAACCCCAGUGUGCUUAUGACAUUUAGCGAAUGUUUAACAGCACUCUACUAAAAAUGCAGUUAUGAAUACGACUCUAAAUCUUCUUUGUUGUAAGGAAAGCAUCUUAUUUACUCUAUCAAUCUACCUACUGAUAUUAAAAAAAUGGGAGGUACUUUAGUCAUUCUAAUGAACCUUCUUUAAAAGUUAAUGCUCAAAGGUCAUUUUAUUGACCACAAUUUCCUCAAAGUCUUGAUUCAACAUAUUGUAAAACAAGAAGGAUCUAUUUCAAGCAAAAUUGACUUUGGAUAUAGGUUUUUAAAGUAUGAAAGCAUCAAUUUCAGAGGUGACCGUAACCAAAUUCUAGAAAACAUCCUUGCUUGCAAUCCUUUCCUAUGGUUAAUCAAUUAGGAAGAAUUCGAACAAAGAAUAAAAAGCUGCAACUUAAACAUGUUUGUAGUAGAUCGUAAUUUACUCGAACUAGAAAAGAUUAAAAAUAAUCAACCUCCUGCCAAUUUUAGAGUGAUAAUAGAGAAUAUUGAGAAGAGUAUUCAUAACGAAAUAGAAUUAGAAUUUUAAAUGGAAGACAAAGUAGAAGAGGAGAGAAUUAUAAAAGAAAAUGUGAAUUUAUAAACAAUCGUAGAACAGAGAAUGAAAGAAAUAGCUAAUUACUGCUUUAAUUUGAAUAUUAUUGACACUAUUUGUUCAAAUAGCUUUAAAUAAAUUAAAUUUAUUCUUAAAAAUCCUCUAGUAAAAGUUCGCUUACUUCCUUAAAUAUUUGAAAUAAUUGAAAAAAGUUCAAAUUCAUCUGAAAUGAAAAGAGAUCUUUAAGAAACUAAAGAUCUCAUAGCUAAUGAUAUGAAGACUAUGGUUGCUUCUUUCAGAACCGUUAUGAUGAAAAAACCUUAGUUAAAGAAUAUAAUUCUAAGUCAACUUCUAGAUAUUUCUAGAAUUUAUCUUUCUCCUACACUUUUAAAGUAUUUACUCUACCGUUUUAUUCCUUUUAUGCACUCUCUUUAAUCCAGCUAUUUUGAUUCAACAUUAUUUUAUACUCUUGGUGAGCUCCUUAGUUACAUCGUUCAUUAAAUAAAUAAUCAAGGAAAUCUUUACAUUGAAGAGAGGGAGUCAAAUGAUGAUAUUUUUGAGGUUAGAAAGAAUAUUUAUAAGGGUUUAGUUACAUUUGAAGCAAAAGAAUUUUUCUCUGAAGCUUACUAAACCUUAAUUUAACAACAAUAAAAUAAUGAAUAAUAUUGGUUUUCAUAACUUCCUAAUAUUAUUUCGUUCUACUAAGUCAGAAAGAAAUGCUUAUUCAAGAUGCAUAGAAUGCUUUUAGGAUUUUUAAAUGAGAAUAUGCAGGUGCAUAUCGCUAAAUCUUUGAAGGCUUCUAUUAUUGCUAAUAUUCUUCACUUGAACUUCAAAAUAGAUAAAUCUAUGAUUGAAUUCGUCCCUCUUGAAAACAUUUGCCUUUGUUUGAAAAGUUGGAUUGAGCUUUUGCAACUUUAGAAAGAAUUUUGUUAAAGGUUUGGUAGUCCUGAUUAAAAUAAAUUGCAAAAUUAUUACUACAGAAGCUUAAAAUUCGGUUUAUAUCACUUUGCUAGAAAUCUGAAUUGGUACGCAGACAAAUCUGGAGGCUAAAAAAUAAACAAAAUUAAAGAUAAAAUGAAACUGCUUUUAAAUGUUUGCAAGUAUUUCUAAACUGACAAACUAAACGAAAUAUUUGAGUAGCCUUCAUUAAAAAUAAAGAAAAAAUCUAAAAAAAGAUACAGAGCCGCUAAAAUUAAAAUAGAUAAAGGUGAGAUGGAUCAAAACUUCUUUAUUAAAAUAUCCUAAAAAAGUACUUGGUACAAAAAAAUUGAAACAACAAUAGGCUAUGCCAAUAGCAGUAUCUUUUCUCUUAACCUUUAUUAUGACAAAGACAAAGAAAAAGAAAAGGAAAUCCGUCCUUUUUAUUUGAGAAAGGCUUUAAUUAACUUAUUAAGUGAUGAAAUAGAUAAACUGAGAGCUAAUUCUUUCUCUGAGUUUAUUGAUAAAUAUAAUGUUAUUAAGAACCCUUAUUCACUAGCUGGAAAACAAAUAUCUAAAGACGACAUAGUAGGAAUUAUGAAAGAGUUAAUGAAGAAAUCUCCUUAAUUAGUACUUUAUAUCUUGAGAAAGCUCUCAUUUGCAAUAGAAAAACCUUAAAAUUAUUUACUUUAGCUGGCAAAAUUUGUGAGAUAAAAUUAUAAAGACCACUUAAAUAGUAGUCAUUUCUUAGAGCUAUUUAUUGAGUAUAUGAAUUCAGAUAAGGAACUUAUGAAGGAGAAUUUAUAUUGGAGAUAACCUCAUAUAUAAAUUAUGUUAAAAUAUAUUUCCGAAGGCUAUGAAUCUUUCCCAGGGUUAUAGCUUUUCUUUACAAAAACUAUGAAGAAAUUAUAAUCUGAACAACUAAUUUUUUAUCUUCCAUAAAUAUAUAUUUCUUUAGGUAGCAAAGCUGGACCUAUUAUUCGCUAGUUCUUAAUUGAUUACAGCUAAUUUUCUGUUUUGUUUGCUCAUCAACUGAUUUGGAUGGCUAAAGUAGAGUCCAAAAAUGAUGAAGACAAAAAGAAGAAAAAGAAAAUCCCUGAAAACUUAAAAAUUAUUGAGUAGAUUUCAAAAAAUUUAAUUGACAAAAUUCAAAGAAAUAUGGAUAAAAAUCAGUAAGAAUUUUGGUUUAAGGUAAAUUCCUUUUUUGAGUAAGUAACAUCCAUAUCAGGUAUGCUAAGACCCCAAAUGCCUAAACCUGAAAAAAGGGCAAUCAUCAAAGAAUAAUUGUCUCUUAUUGAAGUAACACAAGAUAUCUACAUGCCAACAAACCCUCGUUAUUAAAUUGCAUCUAUUAAUUUAGAUUCAGGUGCUCCUAUGCAGAGUGCUGCUAAGUGUCCUAUUUUAGUAACUUUUAACUGUAGAAAGUAUGAAGGUCCUGAUAAAUAUUUUAAAACUAAAGUUCUUGAAAAGAAGCAUAUUUAUAAAAAAGCUAUGAUACAAAAAUUCAGGGAAGUAGGAGUUAAUCCUCUUUUAUUUUCAGAAAGAAUUGUAUUGACUUGUGAGAACGAUGAUCUUGAUUUCGAAUUUAAAGUUGAUGAAGAUGAUCAGUAAGCCCAAGCAACAAUAAAUAACUUAAACUCUCCUUUGAGAAUAAAACCUUUUCCUAAAUCAAUGAACGCAAGCCUUUUGAGCAGCCAUGCAAACAACAAUAACGGCAUGCAUAUAGCAGAUUUUAUUACUGAUAUUCAAGAUAUUAAAGAUCAAAUUGAGGAACCUCCUGUUCCUCCUAUUUUGAAGCAAGCUUCAUCAAAUUUAUACAAAGAAUAGAACAAGAAAUUUUAAACUCAAUUUAAAUUUACCUUCCAUAGAGAUGAAGAUAAGCUUGGUGUUUUGAGAGAUAAGCCUGGAGAACAAUAUCUUCAAUUAGAUGUAGAGAAAUAAGAUGCAAUAAUAGAAGAUGAAGAAGCUGUUAAUGUUGUCUCUAUCAUGAAGCAGUCAACAGAUUAAAUUAACCGUCGUCCUCCUGAACAGGUUAGCUGUAUUUUUAAGGUAUUUGAUGAUGUUAGAUAAGACUAACUAGCUUUAUAGAUUAUAACAUUAUUCUAAGGUAUAUUCUAAAAGGCUAACCUAGAAUUAUACGUUUUCCCUUAUAAAACUAUCUCGAAUAGAACUGGUAAUAACUUGGACAUUGGUGGUAUCAUAGAAGUAGUUAAAAAUUCUAUCUCUAGAGAUUAGUUAGGUAAAACAAACCAGUGUUCUCUUUAUGAUUAUUUCAUUAACAAAUUUGGACAGGAAGACUCAGCAAACUUUUAAGUUGCAAGAGAGAACUUUAUUAAGAGCUAAGCAGCAUACAGUGUUAUAUCAUACAUAUUACAAAUAAAGGAUAGACACAACGGAAACAUUUUAAUAAAUGACAAAGGUCAUAUUAUUCACAUCGAUUUUGGUUUUAUUUUUGAUAUUUCACCUGCCAACAACCUUCGUUUCGAAAGCGCUAAUUUUAAAUUAACUAAAGAGAUGAUCCAGAUUAUGGGUGGUUCUAAAGAUAGUGAGGCUUUCUAAUAUUAUGUAAAUUUAACUAUCAAAGGAUUCUUGACAAUGCGUAACUACUUCGAACAUAUUUACAAUACUAUAAGAUUGAUGGUAGCUAGUUCACUCCCUUGCUUCUUGAAAAACUCAAUGAAAAAUUUGGUAAGCAGGUUUGUUCUUGAUAAAAAUGACAUUGAAGCAGCUAAAUAUAUGAGAAACAUAAUAUACGAUGCUUAUGAUAAGUUUACAACAAGAUGGUAUGACGAUAUCCAAUAUUUAUAAAAUAAAAUUUAUAGGUGA